CGCACCUCUCCGGGCCUCAGCCUCUGUCCCUCCCGAGCGGAUUGUUAGUGGUCGACAUGGAGUUCUUACUUGGAAACCCGUACAGCACUCCCGUGGGCCAGGCCGUAGAGCGGGCCACAGAUGGAGGCCAACAGAACGAGGACUGGACCCUCAACAUGGAGAUCUGCGAUAUCAUAAACGAGACGGACGAGGGGCCAAAAGACGCCAUGCGGGCACUGAAGAAGAGACUCGGGGCCAACAAGAACUACAGAGAAGUGAUGCUGGCGCUAACGGUUUUGGAGACUUGUGUGAAAAACUGCGGCCACAGGUUUCAUGUCCAGGUGGCCAACAGAGAUUUCAUUGAUGGUGUGUUGGUCAAAAUCAUCUCCCCCAAAACCAAUCCUCCAACCAUCGUACAGGACAAAGUGCUGGCGCUCAUACAGGCCUGGGCCGAUGCCUUCAGGAGUAGCCCCGAUCUAACUGGUGUGGUCCACAUUUAUGAGGAACUGAAGAGGAAAGGCAUUGAGUUCCCAAUGGCAGACCUGGAUGCACUGUCUCCCAUCCACACACCACAGAGGGGUACAGCAGAGGUGGACCCGGCCAUGAUCAAGUACCUAGCCCUGGCCUCACCCGCCGCCGUGCCCCCUCAUCCUGCCCCGACCCCGGCCAUGGCCCCGACCCCUGCAUCUACCACAGAGGCUGCCCACAUGCCCAGCCCCAUCACCGCUACCCCUGAACAGAUCGCCCGGCUGCGCAGCGAGCUGGACGUAGUGAGAGGAAACACCAAAGUCAUGUCAGAAAUGCUAACGGAGAUGGUCCCUGGGCAGGAAACUGCCUCUGACCUAGAACUGCUUCAGGAGCUGAACAGAACAUGCAGGGCGAUGCAGCAGCGAGUGGUCGAGCUGAUUUCACGGGUCUCGAACGAGGAAGUGACCGAGGAGCUGCUUCACGUCAACGACGACCUCAACAACAUUUUCCUCCGAUAUGAGAGGUACGAGAGGUACCGGUCGGGUCGAGCCGCUCAGAACAACGGGAUGUUGAAUGAGACCACAGAGGACAACCUCAUAGACCUUGGCCCAGGCUCCCCCGCUGUGGUCACGCCUAGGAUUAGCUCUAGCCCUUCACCCAAGUCCACCGCCGGGGCCACUGCCUCCCCGGCCCAUAACCCCACGACAGCCUCUCUUUCGUCUGCACUCGCCAGUAUUGAUGUAGCUUCAGACAGCGUGAGCGGGACCCUGUCUUCUCUACCGGGCCGCAACCAGGAUGACUUUGACAUGUUUGCCCAGACCAGGACCACCUCUUUGGCCGAGCAGCGCAAAAAUGUAAAGUACGAGGACCCUCAGGCUCUGGGAAGCCUGGCCUCGGCGUUGGAUGUGAGACAACAGAACACAGGAGGGCUGAGUGUAAAAGGGGAUGAUUACCCAGCAGAUCAGGAGCUGCCCAUAGACAGCUGGCUUAUUACCCAAGGAAUGAUCCCCGUUUCGCAGUCCUCUGUCAUGGAUGACAUAGAGGAGUGGCUCUGUGCUGACGUGAAAGGGGAUGCUGCUGAGGAAGGAGUGACCAGUGAAGAGUUUGACAAGUUCCUGGAGGAGCGAGCAAAGGCUCCAGACUCUCUGCCGUCUCCCCCCGGAGCUAACCCUGCUCACCCUGCUCGUGCCCCCGGGGGCUCCCACAAGAAGGCUGAACAGACGGAGGAUGCCCUCUUUGCCUUGUAGACUCUUACGGACGCUCUCCAGGGGCAUCUAAAGGUCCUCGCCCUCGAUGAUGCCUCCCCAACGGUCCCUCCAGUCCCAUUUCCUCGCUGACUGGCAGUGGCAAGUGAUCUCCACCUCCUUGUCAUUCUCUUGCCACCGUGUUGCUUUAACAUGCAAAGGUCCAACGUGUUUGCUGCGUUUUACUAUAUCUGAAGGUAUUAACCUGUUGUGUGGGACGUACUACUCGCAGCAUCUCAUUCGUAACGCACCACCAAAGGACGACGAGCUAACUUGUCUGAUGUGGUUUUAAAAUGUGGUAUAUUACUGCGAGGUUAACGGAAAGAAAUCCACUGCAUGUCCAUGAAUUGAGUCAUUGUGGAAGCAUACAAUUAGGAUUGCAUUGUGUUUGACUAGCUAAUCACUAAUUUAUACUUUUAUUUUAUUUCAUUUCACAAACGGCUUCUGUUAGCAGGCUAAUUUAGCUAACUAGGGAUAUAAAGGCUGAAUCAUAGCUACUCUCGAUGAGUGUACGGCAGCAUUCAUUUUACCAAAGGGAAUUAAACAAAAAGACUCUAAGAAACACGAGUUAGGAUUCUUUAUGUAUUUUAAAAGGCUAAGGGGAACGUGCCCAUGGAAUACUUCAGUCUUUCCAGUUCUCUGAAUAGCUGCAACAAAUUAGCUGCUCUUGAACACUUUAAGCCAUACCAAAGAAAGCUGAGGUGUUAAUGAGCAACUAGUAUAAAUUGUACCUGUUGAACAGCAGUCACCUUCAUGUGUUCUACAUGUUAAAGGAUCAUGAACCUUUUCCUUCCCCUGAUAUAUUAAUAUCUGUGCACUUUGAAGCAAAAACAAGUCUGUAUUUCUUUCCUUUGUUUACAAGAUGGUUACUAUUUUUCUACGGGAUGGGAAAUGGUCUUUAGAUUGACUUAAUUUUGCACUUAACUUUUGUCACUGUUAUUGUGGGGCUUGUUCACAAAUAAGUGGAUUAAUGGACAGUUCAACCUUAUGAUUGCAAAACCUUUUUAGGUGCAAGACAGAAUAUGGCAUUUAAAGGAUCAACAGGACAGCGCUGGCACCAUAAUCAACUAACGGACAAAAGGUAAAGCUUACAGUAUUGUAUUGUAUUAAAGGCAGUAUUGCUAUAGGUAGAUAUUCACUUACUCUAAACUACGUAAUCUAUAUACCUCAAAAUACGGGAAUUCUAGUUUCUGUAUCUGGUUAAUGUUAUUAAGGCUUAUAGUAGUAUCCAGAGGGCAGAGAGGUGUAUGUAUCAUUUGAUUCCCUGAUUGUAUUUUCAUAGUUCAUGUAAAAAGAAAAAAGGAACCCUUCAUUAUUUAUCUUUGUGUGGUUGAGGCUGAAACAUGCAGCAAACAAUCCCGAUUGUACUUUCUUUGAUUUGUCCAGUCAAAGCCGUACUUUGAUCCUCGAUAUAUUUUCCUCCUGGUUUGAUUCAUCUGCUCCUUUUGGAGCUGCUGCCAAGCAGCUCGUCUGUGAUUGGCUGAUUUCAACAAAGUGGCUCCGACUGGAGUUUGUCUUUGAGGCAAAAAGCAAUCCUGUCUCCAUUCCAGCUCUUGCACUUGAAAGGUUGUUUUUGUCCAUUUAAGACCCAACGCCUUGUCAGUCAAGGCAUCCCGAGUCGUAAAAGCCUAAUUCAUGCAUCAACAUUACAUGUCGUCAGUGUAGCUAGACGGAAAUAGUCAUGAUUUGUUAUACUUUGUUAUUUGUCUGUGUAAUCAUUGUGAUUACAUAUUUUAAUGUAUUUUAGUUUGGGAAAAUGUAUGAUUUAACAAGCUUUAACUUUUGUUUGAUGCUGUAUGGUUACAUAUGGUUUAGAGGUUUAAUAUGGUUGCCAGGUAACUGAGAUAAUAGCGUUAAAUUUACAAUCAACCAUUGUGUUCACUUUAUGAAAAUAUAAAAAUGACCAUGCAGGCUGAACAAAAAGGAUUACUAAAAAUGUACCAGGAGAUCCUUUCAAAGGGAAUUUGAGUAAUGUUCUGUUUGUUUGUUACGUAUCUCUGGAUCUGUAACAGUGUAUUGUGUUACUUGCUUUUAUGAAGCUUACGUCCUGAUUGCAACAUGCUAUCUCAAAAUGGUUAUUGAAUGUCUUUUUAAUACUGAUGAAGCAGAACAUUGCGCGGAUGUUUGGUGGACAUGGAAGAGAGGCUGGUUUUCUGGCAGUGGGUGUCCCAUGUCUGUUUGGCUGUGCCGUCUUCUGCCAUUACUAAUGGUCAGAUUUCUGUUUGACCUAAUGCACGUAUAUAAUAACUGCCCAAUAAAACACUAGCAAUGUGUGACCUCU